GCUGGUUGAAGCAUGGAGGAAGUAUCUGGUUGAUUUUCAGAGGAUUGCACGACCAUAACUAGUCUCAUUAACCUGGAUGUUAAUAUGUUUCUGCUGUCGAAAUAUGUUCAAAUGAUAUCAUAGGAUCAAUUGGCAUUCCCAUUGAUGCUGCAUGUUAGUAGCUUGAUCUGAAUCAAGAUGGCCAGCGAGAAUCACGGCCUACCGCCUGAGGUCCACAUCGACCAUUGGAAUGAAGCCACUAACAUCUACAUGGUGGUUAUUGUGGUCUCCAUCUGGCUCUUCGUGUAUUUGAAGAAGCAUAAGGGAAUCUUUGCUCGGUUCUUUGCACGGCCCACAGCAGAGAUGGAGGAAAGAACCCAGCGAUACCGAGAAGAACUGAAGCAAGUCCGACUGCGGCAACAGCUCAACAUGUAUUACAUCUCUCGAAAGUGGGAGCAGAAUAGGCAGAAUCCAGAGGCAAUGGAGCACCACGUAGACAUGGAUAUGUUUGGCACAUCGUGAUGGCAGUGACGGAACAUCACAGUUUUAAAGACCAUAAAUUUAACGACUUUGUCUACAUUGAAGCAGUAAGAGGUUCUUCAACGCUUGAGGGUGCUCUGUUAACUUGACUGACUUUUUCUACGAAGCAGUAGGUGCUUUCAUUCCCUCGCCGAAUUGACGUUAGAGGCCGCUCUUUCAACUUAAUGACAGUGAUAAUGCGAUGGCUUUGAUGAGAGCAUGAUAGUGAUAAAGACCGGAAACCUUACUGAAUUUUGUCUACACUGAAGAAAUAGGAGCUACAGUUCAACUUGAUGACAGUGAAUGUGGUGAAGAAAACAUGGAAGUUGUAAAGACCUUAACAACUUUACUGACUUUUUCUACACAAAAGACACAAAAGAACUAUGUGUAGGAGAUAGCUGGAGCUACAGUAAUUCCCUUGGUACAUUAACGAUUGAGGACACACUUUUCAACUCCACCCCAGUGCUUAGGAAACUGUGCCAUUUGCGGACUUGUUCUUACAAAAAUACCAUUUGCCCCUGUACUGCCCCAAACUACCCUGCCUAGCUGUUACUCCUUGUACCUCUCAAAACCGCCCACACACUCUGUGGUUUGAUGGAUUUAUCACAGAAUAAAUACAAUGUAAUGCUAUAAUGGUCAACCUCACUCUUUAACUGCACCGUGCCCAUGUCGCGUUUAAACCAGACAUUUUCUCACAAAAUGUGCAUCCUGUUGCAAACAAAUGCUCAGUUUGCCUCUCACAAAAGUUGGGAAACUGGAUACUUCGAUAGAUGUUACUGUCAAUCAGGCUACCAACACACAGAAGCAGUUUCUCUCUUGUCUGUCAGAAGUAAACAAAAACCUGCUGAUCCGAAGGAACAUUUUUUACUUUGCUCCUUCGUGUUCAUCAUUUUAGCAAAUGACUACAUUUUCUGGACUUGCAGGAAAGGAAAGGUUCUAUAGAACCAUCUCUAGCAUGGAGAUGUAAGGGGAAUCAGAGACUCCCUGCCUUGCGUAUGGACUAUUUUGGACAUCGUAGUUCUCAGUUUUAGAUAUUUUUUUUUUGUAAUUCUGAAACUCGUCAAAUUAUUUUUUUAAUUGAUAAUAUCUUAUACCAUACAGUUGAAGAUAACUAGAAGUAAUGGCUGUGCACUGAUUUCUUGCAAUAGUCUCGUUAUGCUCCAACUGUAACACCGGUCGCAGCUUUUGUUGGGAAAAUCCAAACUUUAACUUUGAACAAUCCUAGCAAACUUGCAAAUUACGAGUUUAGAUAUCAAAUCUUAAACUUGGUAUGUUCUGUAUGAGAAGCUAUUAGACAAUAUAAAAAGUACCUCAAAACUCAAAGAUGUUGCUGUGUACUGUGAUGUAAGUCUUCUUGCAAUUGCCUAAUUCAGGCCUUUUUUUUCAAAUUGUAAAUAGCCUUUUGACAACAUACACAUGUGUAUAUUUCUCCUUUUUAUUACUCAAAUAUCAAGCAAACAAUUAAUUUCUUGUUUAUGGAACUUCUGCUGGCCAAUUAAUGCUUCAAACUGUUGGUAACAUUUGUAUUAAUGGCCUUUUUUUUUUUUUUUAAUUAAUGAAGACAAAAGUUACAAAUGGAGCCAAAGAAUUGCUCUCCAAAGAGUGAAAAUAAAAAAGAAUGAUACAAAUUAAAAAGUAAAUGCAAAAGAAGAAAUAAGUACCUGUUACAAGAUACAAUUAUUUUUGGAUGUGCAAUCAAAAUUAUGAGUUUCCACAUUCAUUGAAAUGAUUUUAUAAUUUGUGGUUCAAAUUUCAUGUAACCUCCUUUUUGGUGAGCUGAUGUGAAAAAGUUUUUUCUUUUUCUUUUCAAAACUUUCAUUGAAUUCUGAUUGUUCAAUGAAUUAACAUGCAAAUUGUAAAUGAUUUCCAUAUACCGGCAAUUUGGAAAGAACUGAUAAUUGUAUUAUGAUUUAAAGGUACAUACCCCAUGCUUUUAAAAAGGGGAUAUUUUCUCCAAACUAAUUUUCAAUUUGUAUGUUUUGUUUAAAAAAAACCUUCUUCAUUCCAAAUAUGGCCAUCUGCAACCUUCUGAAAAAGCUCUGUCAUUUUGUGUACAAAUAACCCGCCCUACAAGAGGCAAAUUAUUGUCUUUGUCUGGCAGUAAAGAAAUAUUUCAAUAAUUUAACAUCAGAAAAAAAAAUUUCAAUGUCUCACUCAAUAGUGAAUAACUUCUGUAGGCCCUAUUGGUAGGAAAAAAAACACCUAAUUAAAUCUAUUUUUCGAGGUGAAAUUCGAAAAUGGCACGGGGAGUCGGGGAACACAUCUUUAAUGUGUAUCAUUUCACUUGUAUAGUUGUAACAAAUAAAAUCAUAAAAGAGAACAAUUAUUGAAA